AUGAAUCAUUCACAAAAAGUCGAUAUGUUAUUUAUUUAUUCGGAGUGUCAAAAAAAUGAACGUCGUGCAGCACAAACUUAUGAUCAAUGUUAUCCAGGUAUGAUUUAGUAAUUUUCUUUAAUUUUUGUUUACAUCAUUUUCUAAUUUAUUUUCGUUUCUUUUAUUAACUACUUAAGAUAGAGAACAUCCUGCCCAUAGUUUUAUUUAUAACUUAAAAAGGAAUCUGAAAACCUAUGGGUCAUUAUCUAAAAGUGUUAAAAAUCAACAACGUAAACGAGGUGAUGUUUUAGAUAAAAAGGUUGAAGAACAAUUAUUAGCCUAUGUUAGAUCAAAUUCCAGAGUUUCGGGAUACGGCACGUUGGUAGAGAGCUUGGAAUAUCUCAUACCGCAGUUUGUAAGAUUUUAAAAAAGUAUAAAAUGCUUCCAUAUCGACCUGAUUUAGUUUAGCAUUGACGUCAGGGUAUGCAGAUCGGAGACUUACUUUUGAUGCGUAGUUGAUAACCGGUUUAGACAAAAAUCCAUUAAUUUUAAAUUCGAUAUUAUGGACAGAUGAAUCUAAGUUUACAAAUAAUGGUGUUAUUAACAAACAAAAUAACCGUUACUGGGACGAUCAAAAUCCACAUUGGACAUUUGAAACCAUUUGA